UGCUCGUCCAAAUGAUUAAAUUCAAGCGGCGGGUAAACUAAUUUGAACCCCUGAUGCAGUAGCGAAAAGCUAGCAUUAGUCCAGCAAUCCUCCACAUGAAUGGAAAAAGUGGGCACAAAUCAAGAAACGUCAGAAUUAUGACAUCGUCACCACGAGGGGCCGAAUCUUUUGUCGACAUGAACUAGGUAUGGAGCGGGCCGUUCGUUGGCAUACCGUCCCAAGUGAAUCGUCUUUCCUCUCCCCACUAUCUGUAAAGUAUAUCUAAGACACAGUACACUCUGAUCUUGUGUGCAUAUCUUCACUAUUCCGAGACAUACAUCAUUUGAAGAACCGUUUGCAAGAUAGACUAUACUAUGGAUGCUCUUCUAUCGCUCCCGGUGGUGGGAUGGUUUCUCAUGCCAUCCGUUUCAACAUACUCUACAUCCCUCAACUUCUUAUUCUUUUAUAUGACAUGGUCGACUCUCGUACUAUCACAUUCAGCUUUAAGAGUUGAGGUGGUGGGAACUCUCGGGAUAAGACUAUUGUUCUUCAUAGUGCCUUCAUUUGUAUUCCUCAUAUUUGAUUCUAUCAUACCAAGCUUAUCGGUAGGGGUUAAACGGCAAGGAAAACAAGCUUUACCUACUCGGGCGGGAGGGACGAAAGUAUCCAGAACAAAGGCUCCAGAAUGGUACCGGGUAGUGGGGAUCAGUUUGUUCAAUAUCCUUAUGGGAGUCGGCAUUCAAGCGGGAUUUGAAAUGGUUCUUACGGAGAUCUUGCACUAUAAGAGCGCGCUAAGAGUCACUACUACAUUACCCAUGCCAUGGUCUCUCGCCAAGGAUGCUUUGAAAUGUCUUCUUGUUCGUGAGUUUAUACAAUAUUAUACCCAUCGCUUCAUCCUUCACGCCCGGUCUUCAAAUUUCCUUAGCCGGGGCCACAAGAGUUAUUACCACUCCGUCACCUCUCCAUAUGCAUUUGUCGCUCACUACGAUCACCCAGUUUCCUAUAUACUGUUCCGCUUCAUCCCCAUCUAUCUCCCUGCGGUAAUUUUCCGGGUUCAUCUUCUGACAUAUCUUCUCGCCCUCUCUGUUGUCACUAUGGAAGAAACACUCGCAUCGUCCGGUUAUAGCAGUGUCCCUGGGAUCAUUCUCGGCGGAAUUGCACGCCGUCAAGAUCUACACAGUGAAAGUCGAGGAAAAGGAAAUUUUGCACCAUGGGGUUUAUUGGAUUGGAUCCACGGAACUAGUCUCGGGUCCGGAUUGAAGGAAGAUGUUGCGAAUGAAGCCGAAAAACAUCAGGUCAAGAGCCGAAGUAGAAAGGCUAUUGCUAGUGGAAAGGAGAGUGUGAAAUCAUUAAAUGGAAGGAGAAAAAGUUCUAGGAGAGUUUAGGUCUUCCUUUUAUGAUGUUAGGGUGGUCAUUGUUGAAUUUUGUUGGCAAUGGAGGUUGGAAAACACUUGGUUUACAUUAUGACACCCUCGGUCUAUGGUUCUCCUACGCCUACUUUGUGUACUAUAUGCAUCUAUUUUGAUACCAAUUCUCGUCAUCGAAUCUGAAGCAAGAUUCUCUUAGAAACAGGUAGUGCCGCCCUGGUGGCGCAAGCAGGCGUC